AGGUGACGUGUGGGCGGGGCCAUAGUGCGGAAGCGGAGGUGCGCCUGUGUUUAUUUUCCUCCGUCAGUCGCAGAUCUCGGAGCCGCAGACAUGAAGUUCGUCUACAAGGAGGAGCACCCGUUCGAGAAGCGGCGCUCAGAGGGCGAGAAGAUCCGCAAGAAGUACCCGGACCGAGUGCCGGUGAUUGUGGAGAAGGCGCCUAAGGCGAGGAUCGGAGACCUGGACAAGAAGAAAUACCUGGUGCCCUCAGACCUGACAGUCGGCCAGUUCUACUUUCUCAUCAGGAAAAGGAUCCACCUGCGUGCGGAGGACGCCCUCUUCUUCUUCGUCAACAACGUCAUCCCCCCAACCAGCGCCACCAUGGGACAGCUCUACCAGGAACACCAUGAAGAGGACUGCUUCCUGUAUAUUGCGUACAGUGAUGAGAGUGUGUACGGCCAGUAGCGCCCCCUGCAGGUUCCUGGACCGCCGAUUCCCUGCCUUCUUCACUUUUCAUUUUCAGUCCUGUAAUCUUGGCUUAAUUGCCCCCCCGAGGGCGAGCUCUUUAUGUUGGGGGACACCCCCUCUUCAACCCCAUUUGGGGUUGUUAAUAAAUUGACUUGACGUGU